AGGAAACGGAAAUACGAGUACUAUGCUAUCAAUAAGGCGAGAAAGCUAGCAUUUUGAUUCCACCAUUGCUCUUAGACUAAGGAGCUGCUUAAAUUUAAUUCCUUGUAAAUGCGGUAAUCUUAGCGUCAUGUGUUAGCUGCCUUGCCACCGAUACUUGGCAAUUACUAAGCUAACGUUAGCUUACCUCCACCUUUAGCUUGGCUAUUGCUGCUGUUUUGUUUACGCCUAGCUGCAGAGAAGAAUCUGAAGCUGUCAGCCAGUGUUAAAGGGACUAAGUGAUUAUGGCCGACCCUGCACGGAUCAAAGCUGAGAGUACACCUGAGAGAGUAACUUAUGCUAACGAGGAGCAUCCUAAAUCAGAGGAGACUGAAGAUGCACCAUCCAUAGCAAAACCUACAGAUGAAAACAAAGAGUCAUCCUCACAGGAUCAGCCCAAACAGGAGGUUAAAUCUGAAAUGGCAGCUGGGGAAGAUGAGGAAGAAGGAACUUCUGGACAACCUGCUUCCAAAAGACUGAAGGUGGAACCAGAGAAGAAAAAGGAGAAGCGCCACAAGGUUGAUGAGGAUGAAAUACAAAAGAUGCAGGUUUUGGUGUCGUCCUUUUCUGAAGAGCAGCUGAAUCGCUAUGAGAUGUACAGACGUUCUGCCUUCCCUAAGGCUGCUAUUAAGAGGCUGAUCCAGUCCAUAACAGGAUCAUCAGUGUCCCAGAAUGUGGUGAUUGCCAUGUCUGGUAUUUCCAAGGUUUUUGCUGGGGAAAUUGUUGAGGAAGCAUUGGACGUUUGUGAGAAGUGGGGAGAUACACCACCGUUGCAGCCCAAGCAUAUGAGGGAAGCGGUAAGGAGGUUGAAGAGCCGAGAUCAGAUUCCCAACUCCAAGUACAAGCAAAUUCUCUUUCACUGAGGCACCUGUGCUUUAGAUAAAAAGUGGUGCCGUAGCUUGUGGAAAACUUGUCAAACCUCUGUGGCCAUGCUGCAGCCAAAUAGACACUGAUUAUUCUCUGCUAACUAACCAGAGUCAAGAGAAGUGACUGUAGUAUUAAAAAAGGGUCAAUACUCUGACCUGCCAUUCACCUCUAAUUGUCAAGGUAAAUGCUUGAUGCAACAUACAGUUGAAAUGGUGUGACAGUAUAUUCAUGUCUUAUGGUUGUAAAUACAGUAUGUUUUAUACUUAUGAAAUGUUUUGUUCUUGUGUCUCAAUUAUUUUAAAGAACCAGUGAACUUUGGUGAAAGGCUUUUUUGUGUGUGAUGCCUUUAAGUUCAAAUGGUUUGAGUUGCAAAAAUGUUUUUUUUUUUUUUAUAGCCAUACAAGCACCAAUUGGGUAUUCAUUUAGAUUCUUGGCUGACAUUUUAAAACAGUUUGGAUCCUUUUUCAAAUUAUAAAAUCAUAGUUGUAGUUGACUGUAUUAUCGUUUUUUGAGGUUGACUUGGGAAUAGGUUGGCCAGGGUAUAAUGAUAUGCAACCUUUUUCUAGAUUAUUAGGAAAAGUGUUUCAGGCAAAAUUUGACUCAUCAUUCAGCUCAUCUCUGAAUUGAUUUAGUUUGACUCAAUACUAAAAUAAAGUGCUAUGUUUCAAGUUUUAUUUGGAAAUAUGUAGACUUUAUUAAGGUGAAAGUUGAACAAACUCGAUCACACUACUAAAAUAACUGGAGUGAGACUUGAACGUACAUGUUUCUUUACAUUUUAUGGCAACAAAAACAUGGAUGCAAUACAUACUUUGUUACAUGGAGACAUGCAUUUUCUAUUAAAACGUAAAGGCACAACUGAAA